GAACCACAACAGUUACCACUCAUCCCGUCGACUCACUCACUCACACUCACUGAAGAAAAAACUUUAACACAUCAACAUUUACUUUUCUUCACAACUUCUGUUCAGUAAGAAAUUUUUUUCCUCUUCCUUAAUCAACCUAAUCAUCAUCAGAUUAUCUUGUUUACUAAUUUCUCCAUCAUCAUCAUCAUCUUGAUUCAUAAAUAUAUUUUUCUGUGUGAGAUAUGAGCUUAUGUGCGCUACUCGUCAUGAAAUCCUUACAAUCGCAAUCGAUUCAAUGGCCUGACCUGCUGAAGAUUUAUUAUCCAUCCAAGUGCUCCUGUUUCUAUUGUUCCUUUUACAAUGCUUCGACAUUAUCUUCAUCUUUACCUUCACCUCGAUCAUCAUCUUCAUCAUCCUCAUCAUCUUCUUCCUCUUCUUCAUCAUUUUCACCUUCAUCACCACCGUUACCAUUAACUUCCUGUGGUCAAAUGAUAAAACAGGAAAAAGAUGGACACUCACAUCGAUUAGAUUACAGUCGACUUGCCCAAUCGAUAAUUGAAGAGAAUCGUUCAUCUAAAGAAGUAAUUAAAUCAACUAAUCUUGGUCUUCUUUCAGCUCGUCGAUUACUCAAUUCAUCUUCCUCAUCUUCACCAUCAUCACCUCCCAAUAACAACAACAACAACAAUAAUAAUAACAAUACAAUCUCGUUGUCAUCUUUAUCAGCUGUUUCUCCUUUUCUGUCAUCACCUCAUCAUCGUAUCUCAAGUCCAGCAUCAUUAUCACCUCAUCUAAUCAAUCCAACAUCUCUUGCGGUCAACGGUUGGUUAAAAGGGUCAAAUUUACGUCCAAAUCAACCUAAUCAACGGGCCUCUCAUUCAAGGCCAAAGAAACAAUUUAUCUGUAAAUACUGUAAACGACAUUUCACAAAAUCAUACAAUUUACUUAUCCACGAGCGGACUCACACCGAUGAGCGACCUUACAAAUGUAACAUUUGCGAUAAAAAGUUCCGAAGACAAGAUCAUCUAAGAGAUCACAGAUAUAUUCAUUCAAAGGAAAAACCAUUCAAAUGUAAUGAGUGUGGUAAAGGUUUUUGCCAGAAUCGGACAUUGGCCGUUCACAAAAUCCUCCACAUGGAGGAUUCGCCCCACAAAUGUAAUACUUGUGGUAAAAGUUUCAACCAACGAAGUAACUUGAAGACCCACCUACUGACCCACACGGACAUUAAACCUUAUAACUGUACCGAUUGCGGUAAAGAGUUCCGUCGUAAUUGUGACCUUCGCCGUCACACCUUGACCCAUACCCUUGGAUUACCAGAAUCUCAGAUCAAUUCUGAUAACAAUGAUUCAAGUAGCUCUUUUCAAGAUUCAAUGUCCGGUGGGUCAAACGGCCCAAAUACAAACAACCACAACAACAACAACAACAACAACAACGGUGAACAUCAUCUUCAUCUUCACAAUCAUCAUCACAAUCAAGAAGUUAAAUUAGAUGUAAAAAUCAACGUACAACAUGUAACCAUCCGAGAUACUUCAUUAUCAUCAUCCUCUUCAUCCUCAUCCUCAUCAUCAUCUUUAUCUCUAUCACCUUUAUCAUCAUCUAAUAAUAAGUUAUCGGGCAACUUGUCACCCCCCUGUAAAAUUGAACCCAUGGAGAUAACGGAAAUGAAGAGUGAAGGUGAAGAGGAUGAUAUCGAUGUUGUUAAUUGAUUCCCUUUUAACAAUUAACAACAAUCAUCAACAAUUAAACAUCAUCAUCAUCAUCAAUCCAACAAUCACCAUGAAUCUUAAUCUUUUAUUUGUUUGUUUUGUUUUUUAUGAAUUUUUUUUUUCUCUCUCGUUUCCAAUUUAAUAUCAAUCGAUUUUGUUUUUUCCCCCCAAUCAAUAUCCAAGAUUAUCCUAAUAAUCCUAAUCCUAAUCCUCUACCAUCAACCACACCCACUUUCAUCACUUUGUCAAAUCUCAACCAAUUUAAGUUGCUAUCCAAUCAUUAAUUAAAUUAAUUAAUUGUAAACGGGAUCUCCUUUGCUCUCUCUCAUUCUGAUCACUUCAUCUGAAAUAAAAAUGAUUAAUUAAA